AUGUCGUCGCAGGCUGACAACUACGCGCCCAGCUUCGCGCCGUUCUUCGGCAUGAGCGGAAUCGCCUUUGCUAUGAUCUUCGGAUGCAUGGGAGCUGCCUAUGGCACUGCAAAGGCUGGCAUCGGCAUUGCUGGUAUCGGAACCUUCAGGCCAGACCUGAUCAUGAAGUCCCUUAUCCCUAUCGUCAUGUCCGGUAUCUUGGCCGUCUACGCCCUCGUUAUCUCGGUUCUCAUCGCGAGUGACAUCAAACCGCCACCCGAGUCCAACUACUCGCUGUUCGCUGGCUUCAUGCACAUGGCUGCUGGACUGUCAGUAGGCCUGUCGGGUCUGGCUGCAGGCUAUGCUAUUGGAAUCGUGGGAGAUGCUGGUGUGCGCUCGUUCAUGCGCCAGUCGAGGAUCUUCGUGGGCAUGGUCCUGAUUCUCAUUUUCGCCGAAGUCCUCGGUCUUUACGGACUCAUUGUCGCCCUCAUCCUCAACACCCGGGCAAGCGGUUGA